UAAAGAGAAGGGUCAACUGCACAGUUAAAAUAUGUGUGUUCGCCUUUAUAAUCAUCACGGUGAGGAAGCUUUCAAAUUAGAUAUGUGGGCUUUAAGCUCUAAGAAGUACAGUGUGUUGUGGAGUUAAGUAGCUGUCAUCUCUCAGGUCCCAGCAACAUUCAGCAGGCUAACUGUUUACUGUGGCUAAUAAAAAUCUUCCUAUAUAAAAGUAUAUGUGAUCCAAAAGAAUGACAACUCUCCCUAUAUGCACCCUGUGUGUAAAAGAAUGUAAUGUAAUGUAGACAGAUAUCAGCACAUGUUACAUCAGCAAAAACCCUUAUCUCCAGCAGGUGAAAUGAUAAUAACAGCACCUAUAUCACAAUGUGUAUAGCAAACAAUGUCCUCAGCCAGUAUCAAUGUGUAACCUCUGACCACUUAUUGAAUAGUGUCCGUGAACCUUUAGAAACCACCUCAGCCAUAAACCGUUUUUGGCACAGACCCAGGCAGAAAUGACUCACAGUUACCUGGGAUCUGUUAUUAUUUAAAAAAAAAAAAAUCAAUCAGUAUAUAUAAUGUGUUAAUUCUUGAUAGUUUGAUCUAAAGACAGGAGUACUGAUUUAAGUUGUUAACUUCAUGUGAAUAGGAGAUCAGUCUGAACUACAGUCAGCGCUGAUCAGCUUCAGAACAAAAUCCUGAUUUCACAUCUUAUGACUUAAAACUAUGAGUUAGAUGAAUAUGCCAUAGGCUAUCAACUGAUCAAAUUAAGUUCAGCCCUUAUGCGUGAGAUCACUUGAAUCAUAUCAUGCUUUCAAAGCGUGCGACAGCAGUUUACACUGUACACAAGAGUUUUUGUGCACUGAAGUGACCAGUUUAACCCCAACCAUGUAGUGCAAUAAACUAUCAGUAUUUUAUAUGGAUUUAUACCUUGACUGUCAAGGGUACAGUAAUGACUCAACGUUAUUAUCUCUUUCUCAUUCAUUGAAUCAGUCCUGUGAGCUCUGCAAGCAUCUUCAUUAUUGUGAGAAUAUCACUCCACAUAUGAGUUAAUCUGUUUAACUGCUGUAGCACCUGUCAGUAUAACUGACUGUCUUUUAGUGAGUUUUACAAUGAGGCCAUUUUAAGAUGGAGUUCCUCAGUGCUCUUUCUUCUCUUUUGUAUAUAUGUUAUGAAAUAUGUUUGCUGAAAUGACUCUGCAUGAGACUGCACCUAUAAAUGACCUGGCUGUAACAGCAGAACCUGGGUCUACUUCUUUAACCCAACCAUACUUCAUCUUUUCUUUAUUAGGUAAAAGGUAUGACGAGUCAACUGUCACUGCUGCUGCACUGUCUGUUCCUCAAAAUGUUGGACAGUGUAUUGUUUUGCUGGUACACUGUGUGAGUUUAGACGCUCUCUGUUACAGGAAACAGUGAAUCGACGCCCCCAGUUGACCAAAUUAGCGCAUCCUAUUGUCUGGCAUGAUCUACGUAAUUGCGAACGAGCAUGGCUGUCAUAGCUGCUUCCUGCACACACACACACACACACACACACACACACACAGAAAGAGAACUGAAGAAAACAACAACAACAACACACUAACGGGACUUUAAGGCGACACACCGCCGUCUCUCUCUCAGUCUCUCUCUCUCUCUCUCUGUCUCCCUCUCUCUCUGUCUCUGUUUUGUGGGAUGCUCUGGAUGGAUGAGCCCUCGCGUCGGAGUCACCACCAUUACAUCAUCUAUUCCCACUCAGCCUAAGACGAAAUGAGAGCUUUUUAAUAUUUAAACGGGAUCCCGAUCAUUUAGACCGAGCAGCAGACGUCCCGCUCUUCGUAACGGACACCGUGGGGAUUAUGAAGAGCACAUCAACAAUAUCUGCGGGAAUGAUGGCGUUUCAAUGAAACGGGUGGAGAGGAGGGGGAGAGGAGGAGAGACGUGCACCGUCAUCAGCAUCUGUCCGCCAGCUCCCUUUGUGUUCACCGGAGAAUGUGAAUGGCGAAAGAUGACAUGGCAGAGGUAGAUUUGGCAUCAAACGGAGCGGAACCCCCUGGUGAGGCCUCCUCGGCGUUUCCCUACGAGGAGUACGAAUGCAAAAUCUGCUACAAUUAUUUCGACCUUGACCGCCGGGCUCCUAAGAUCCUGGAGUGCCUGCACACGUUUUGCGAGGAGUGCCUGAACACGCUUCACCUCCGGGAGGAGCGGCCAUGGCGCAUCAGCUGCCCCGUCUGUCGCCACCGGACCCCGGUGCCGGAUUAUCGGAUACAAAACCUGCCCAACAACACCAAGGUGACGGAGGAUUUUCCGCUCUACAUCGACUCGGACCCCCUGCCUCAGGACGCGUUGCCGCCAUAUCCUCCCCCGCUGCACCCAGCCCUUGUCGCCCUCCGCCGAGAGGAGGCGUCGGGGACGUCCAGCACCAGCCAGGCGACCCCGUCCACCACCGUAUCCACGGCCACGACCCUCUCCCAGGACUCGGUGCGUUACGACAGCUGUCAGAGUUGCAAGAGAGUAGCUCUGACCACCGGCUGCGUCUGCGUGAUCUUCUCCUUUCUGUCCAUGCUGGUGCUGCUGUUCAUGGGCCUGAUCUUUGUGCACAGUCACAGCAUUCCUCCCUCGCCGGCGGGACCCAUUUGCUUGUCGGUUGCCAGCAUCCUGGCUAUGUUCUCGGUGGUCGUCACAUGGCUCAUCUGCUGGCUCAAAUACAGACCGGACCAUGAGACAGGCCGCUCAUCCGCCACCAGUAACUCCCGGAGAAACGCCUGACAGGCUGCUGGCUCUGACCAGUGGUGGAGAUGUUGUGCUGUGGGUGUGUGAUUAUGUACAUAAUAUUGACAACUGAUACUCCUGCUCCCUUUACUUUUCUAGGAAGAAAUCUCGUCCAUUAUGGCCUUUUAUCAGUAUAGCAAACACCCAAAGGCCUUCGUGUUGUUUGGAGCAAUAGGCCGACAUGAUCCUUGAUAAUCUUUCCCGUAAGUUAUGCACUUGAAUUUGCAGUAGGCUCCAGUUGACUGGGCGUCUCGACGAGUGAACUCAAGACUUCGACCCCCCUGGCGUUGGUCUGAGAUUUGGCUGGUUUGAUGACUGAAUGUGAAGUGCUCAUUUCCAGGGUUUGACACCCUCCCCACCCUAUCCUGUUAAAUAAUAUGCAUAUCCCACUAUGCCACUCACUGUAUGAUAACUGUCCACGAUGAUUCACUCUUAUAUCUCAACAAAGCACUAUGGUAUUGUACAGAUAUUUGGAAAUGUUCACCUCUAAGUUUUCAAGUUUAUAGUUUUUAUGGAGGCUUGUAUGUUUAUGUGAGAAGCCUCUGAAAUGUCAUUCUGUUACAAAGAAUCCACAAUCCAAACUGUAAAUAGUCCACAGAGCGGUGAUGAGUCAAAACCUUCCUAAUCCUUGUGCUUUAACUUAUCUUACAGGAUGGCACUGUCUCCAUUGUGGCAUUGAAAACUGCACCUCUUCCAGGCAAAGGGAUACAAAAGGAUAGCUUGUGAUUUUGAACUUGUGUUUAGCUACUUUUGUGCAUGUUAGGCUACUGAAAGGACAAGGCUUCUUGUUUUCUAUUUUGUUUUUUAAUGGAAGGGACAAUGUGUCUCCUGACUCCUGUGCCUCACCUCGUUGCUGAAUGAAGCAAAACUUCACUGUAAUCAUCAAAAAUCAUGCACGGGCCUCCCACCACUGACAGCACCCAGCUGGGGUGUCGGCAGGGAUUUCCUCAUCCUGUCAUAUUAUUUACAAAUCGGUAGUGGAAAACAGGGUUUCCAACACGGAGCACCUUUUUAUACUUGUAAAAAAAAAAAAAAAAAAUAGGGGGGUUUUUGCACCUGGCUUUGAAGAGAGGUAAAAGAGAAGCAUGUCUGUAAGUGUUUAAACAGAUAUAAUCAAGGCAUAAGUCCAGUUUCAAAUACUUCUAAGUUCUAAGAACACUCACAUGCUUCCUUCAAAGCCACAUAUGAGAAUUAAAUGAUAAAUCUUUACAGGUCAGACAUGGUGAGCAGCUUGACUCUAGCUCCUCAUAGAUUUUCAGGAGUCGUAAUUACCUCUGAAAACUUAAAGAGCCCCAUGAGCUGUGGCAGAGAUUAGGAAGUGGUACCUUAUAGAGUCAAGUCAUUCAGAAACAUUAUAAUAAAAUUAAUAUAAUUCACUUUAUAGGGUUUUUUUCUCAGAAAGGUGGGUCAAAAGAAAAAAAAAACUCUUCAGUGGCAUUAGCUACAGACAAAACAAUGCAAUCAAAAAAGCUCAAACUCAAAGGCCGAUAGUGGGUAGACUUCUUAUGAAUAUUACUGUGAACCAUUGGUAAAUUCUGUGUAUGUAAUUCUUGCAACGAUCUAUACAAUUAUUUAUUUAUAAAUCUUGAAUGUGGCAAAAAGCGAUACCUUAUUUGUGGUGCAGUGUAAGACCCUCAUAUUGACAAAUGUGCUGUGGUCUGUGGAGCACAUGAAUUGCACUCCUGUGCGAUGGCUCACAGACACUCCUGGCAGCAUUUAGUAUAGAAUUUGGAGAUGAUUUGGACACCAAAGUGGUUUAAGACAAGCACUUGCCCUUGCACACUCAUGGUAUCCCUACCUCACUGCACAGGGACAAAGCAAAAAAAAAAAACAAAACAAAAAAACACAAACAAAAACAGUUCAACAUGAUUCUUAACCCCCCACCUCAGUCUGAUUCCCAUGCUUGCUUCAAUCAUCCUGCUUAACCUUUUCCCAACUUCUUGAUGAUGCACUUUCCCCCCCUUAUUUGACACAAGUAAUGGGGUAUACCUUUGACAAAUGUAAGCAUAUUGUAUUUAUUUCAGAGGACCUAGAAAAUGUUGUUGGUUUUUAUGAGAAUCUGUGGUUGUUGUUAAAGUACCAAAUGUAUUUGCACAGAGAACUGUUCUUUAUGUGCUGUUUUACAUACAUAAACACAUUUCAGUAAUAAAGAAAACAUGAAUACCCA